AUGAAGAAUCGGGAUUCAUCUGUAGCUCAAGAUUUACCACUGGAAAAGUCGAGUCCGAUUUAUCGCUUAUCGCCAUUUCUGGAUGAAGAUGGAAUUGUGCGGAUGGAAUGUCGGACCGAGGCGGCUGACUACGUGGCGUUUGAUGCGAGGUUCCCGAUCAUUCUGCCGAAAGAUCACGUGGUGACCAAGAGACUGGUGCAACAUUAUCAUCGACCGUAUGGCCACGGUAGCAGGGAAACGGUGCAAGUGAUGCGGGAGUGCAUGUGGUGCAAGAUCCGGAAGGCAAAGCCAACUGUGCCCAGGAUGGCACCGCUACCCGAACAGCGAUUGGCUGCGAAGAUCGAUCCGUUUUCAAACGUGGGCAUCGAUUAUUUCGGACCGCUAGAAGUGACCGUUGGAAGAAGGAAGGAGAAAAGAUGGGUGGCACUGUUCACGUGCUUAACUGUCAGAGCGGUGCACUUGGAGGUGGCGUACUGCCUGACGACGGAGUCGUGCAAAAUAGCGAUUAGGAGGUUUGUGAAGCGACGUGGCAGUCCGAUUGAGAUCUUCUCGGACAACGGUACGAAUUUCGUCGGUGCCAAUCGAGAUCUGAUGAAGGAGAUCAACGUUGCCUGUGCGGACACGUUCACUGGUGCAAGGACCCGUUGGACGUUUAACCCACCUUCAGCGCCACAUAUGGGAGGCGCUUGGGAGAGAAUGGUACGCUCGGUGAAAGAGGCACUGCAUGUCUUCACGGAUGGUCGGAAGCUGACGGAUGAGAUCCUGCAGACUGCACUGAUCGAGGCUGAGCACCUGGUCAACUCACGUCCACUUACGUACGUGUCAACCAACGUGAAGGAAGACAAAGAAGCGCUAACACCAAAUCACUUCCUGCGUGGUCGAUCGUCGGCCGAAUGUCUACCGUCGAGGAUUCCGGUGGAUUUGGCUGAUACGUUGCGGAGCAGAUAUAGUCGAGCGCAGCAACGGUCGAAGUGGUACUUGGACGAUCGAAAAGUGGCGAUAGGAGAUCUGGUGUUUGUGGCUGAUGGCGAAAAGCGGAAUACCUGGGAGCGAGGCCUGGUGACGCAAGUGUUCGUUGGAAGUGAUGGGAGAAUCCUCUCAGCGUCCGUGCAGACCAGCCGGGGUGAGAAGCUGCGACCAGUAUCGAAGCUAGCCGUUUUGGAGAUUGAGGUGGAAAAUAGUAAUCCCCGUACUGUUACCGAGUGA